AUGCGCGUGCUCAAGCCCGUCGCCAACGCCUACGCCAACGCCACCGGUCACCGACAGAUGGGUCUGCGAUACGACGACCUCCUCAUCGAGGAGUCGGACCGCGUUCAGAAGGCCCUCUCUCGUUUGCCCGAGAAGGAGGCGUACGACCGCGCCUACCGCCUGCGUCAGGCUGCUCAGCUUUCGGUGCUCCACCGUGAGCUGCCCAAGGAGCAGUGGUUGGCUGCUAAGGAGGACAAGCGAUACCUCACCCCUUACGUCCAGGAAAUCGCCAACGAGGAGUCCGAACGUGCCGCAUGGGACACCGUCUCGGUCAAGAAGUAA